AUGUCUUUCGAAAUAACUACAUACAGCAGCGAUGCGAAAUUCAUCCUCGUACCACCGAAGAAGCCAUCGGCCUGGCAACAAUUCCGUGAUCAACCUUGUCUCUUCCUCGCCCGCAAGAUCUCUGCCUGGCGACCAACCAACCUCCCCAAAUUACCUAAGAGCCCUGUCACUGUUGUCUGCAUCUCAAACACCUACCACCAGCGACCAGAGAUACCCCCAGGCGACAUCCUGAUCCAUGCCGGCGAUCUGACAUCAGAUGGAUCGCUUGCCGAGCUACAAAUCACGUUAAACUGGCUACAAGCCCAGCCUCAUCCCAUUAAGAUUGCUGUGGCGGGUAGAGCUGACCGGUAUCUCGAUAAAAUGAAGAAGGGAGGUCGUCGCUGGAGACAUGGACAUCGCGAGAGGGCAUACUGGGGCGACAUCAUCUAUCUGGAACACCAGCAUGUCACCGUGACUGCUCGGAACGGACGCCAACUCCGGAUCUAUGGAAGUCCAUAUUCACCGAUGACUGUCCCUUCCUUGGCUUUUCAGUACUCUGACUCUGACAAUAUUUGGGACCGAGUCCCUGACAACAUGGACAUUCUCAUCACCCACACACCACCAUACACGCAUCGCGACACUCUCAGAGGCUGCCCGUAUUUGUUGAAUCACAUCUGGAUGGAUCGUCCUCGACUGCACGUUUUCGGGUGCUCUCGUGAGCAUCACGGAUGUGAAUUUCUGUACUAUGAUGCUCUUCAGGCGGCUGUCGAGCGCAUUGAGGCUGCGGGUGGAGGCUUCUCCAACCUUCUCAUGGUAGCCAAAGGGCUUGUACAGUCCUUCUUCCGACCUGAUAUCAAGGCCAAGUCUGUGCUUGUAAAUGCAUGCACUAACGGGGGGUUGUGGGAUCCUGAACGCCAACCGAUCUCUGUUGUCAUCUGA